GAUCAUAUCUCAUUCGCUACAAAGAUGGUGUCCGACUUCAGAAAGAAGAAGCUCCUUCAUGUCUUCAACUCAUUCUUCGACAGGAACGCUAGCGGAUCCAUUGACAAGAAGGACUUCGACCUAGCUAUUGAAAACAUUACCAAGUUGCGAGGCUGGCCCGCUGGUGAUGCUAAGUACAAGGAAGUCCAGACCGCCUUACUGAAGAUUUGGGAAGGACUUCAGGGUCGUGCUGACGCUGAUAACGAUGGCCAAGUAUCCACCGAUGAAUGGAUUUCAAUGUGGGACGAAUACGCCAAAAACCCUGCGGCUCCUCUCGAGUGGCAGAACCUUUACUGCAAAUUCAUCUUCCAGCUUGAAGAUGCCAGUGGCGAUGGAGCUAUUGAUGGCGAAGAGUUUUCUUCUGUCUACGCCUCUUUCGGACUAAACAAGGAUGAUGCCCUUGCCGCCUUCAGGAGCAUGUCUAAGGGAAAAGCUAAUGUCUCUUGGACUGAAUUCCAGGAUUUGUGGAAGGAAUACUUCACAACGGAAGACCCUAAUGCUCCAGGAAACUUCAUUUUCGGAAAAUCGAGCUUCUAGUUGAACUAGUGACAUCGCUUGUAGAACGCUUUUCUCGAUUUGUUGCGUAUGAUGUGGAUAUGGAAGUGAAAUUGAGGCUGUGUGGAUUUUAAUUUAUAACGCAUUCGGCUUUAGAUCUAAGAAAUUAGAAAAAAAUUACAUUGAUGCAGUGAAGUGUACA